AUGCGUGAUCCGAAUCAGACUUACCAGGAGGGGCAAGUCAGGGAGCAAGGCGCCGAAGAGAAAAAGGGCGGUGCUGUCGCUAAGGCAGUUAUCCAAAUGUGGCAUGACAACCCGUCAUCGAAUCUAAUAGUUGGUGUAUGUGUUGAGACAAUAGGGAAUAUUAGCAUGGAAGAACGGCCAGUUACGCACCAAACUGCAGCUCCAGUAUCUACCCAGAACCAUGAUAUCAACAAUAUCCUGCCGAGCCAGCUACCAAACCGUUCGCCAUAUCCGUCACAACAGGCAUUUCGUCGAUAUGUGUCCGCACCUGCGGUCCUUCGGAAUAGAAUCCUGGUUACGCAAAAUCAAGUGGAAGUGUCAAGAUCUGCAUUGACACCCGCAAAUAUUCUCUCAAAUAAGAACUUUCAGGCACAGAAACCAUUUCUAGUAAGAAAAGUGCGGGCGCGGACAGCGUUUUCUACAAAGUCAAUUCCACCCGUCGUCCGUACUGGAUGGGAGACGGUUGAUAAAAGCGUGACCUUGGCUGAGGUUCCAGAGAUACUCGCUCAAGACAAGGCUGAAGGGGUAGAGGAGAUGCUGCAGCUUCGAGGAGGAUGUGGCAGUUGGAUGGGAAAGAAAGGCAAAAUGCGUCGUUUGGAGGAUGACGAGGAGCUCCCGCCAAUGAUAUGGUGGUUAUCUGGGGGUCAACCCAGACAUCCCCUUCCAACGGGCUCCAAACUUAGGUGGUGGAAAGCAAAGAGUAAAGGACAGUGGCAGACAGGACAGAGCAGGGGGUAUUUUCAGGAAUUUGCGUAUGUGCUGUCGGAUGGGAGGCUCUGUAGAAACGAGUUGGAGAAGGAGAGUAAAGAAUGCACAGAGGGGAGAAAGAAUGACGGGCUUACCGAUAAUGUAGCUGCGAAAGAGACAACGGCACCGGAACCACACAGCUGA